AUGAGUGAGGGAAUUCGAGAAUUUACAAGAAAAACUCUCGAACACGAGAAGAAAACGCCCUUCACUGGAUACAUCUUCUUUAUCAACUCGUUGCCGGGUUGUAGACUGAAUUUCGAGCUAUGGGAUGAGGAAUUCGGAAGCGGCCACUAUUCGGAGUUUUGUCGUUGUGAUCGUGUGAGCGCAUUGGAAAUGCUCGAUGUGCACACACUUUUCGAGAGAUCAUUCCGUUUGUUGCACUUUUGGGAUAAUCAGCUCGCACAUCUCGACACUCACUUGUACCUAAUCAAUCAACUCCUACAAGAUCUUGACACCAAAAGAGACCCAUCGAUCGGCUUCUUUUUUGUGCUAGUCGAUGAGGAACCAGAAGAAGAUGACGACGCUUACCUCCUUUUCCCUUAUCGUCAAUUUUUCUCUUGCCAUGCUGAAAACGAAGAAGAAAUUCGAAGAUCCGGACUGUUUAUGGGUCUCUUGCCACCAAAGGAGAACUCGUUUUUCACGGAAGACUUUCAUUUGGAAUCAAUCUCGGUGUGUUGUCGGGUAACUUGCCGCGGUUUAGUGUACAUUGCACUGAAUGAUCUACGAGAGUUUAUUGAACCAAUGGCUAAAAGUAUGAGAUGUUGGAAUGAAGGAUGGCCACAUCCCAUUGAGGAAGACGAGGAACGUGAAAGAAAUUGGAUGAAACGAAAGAUUGCGAAUUUUUGGAUUAAAUUGAAGAAAGAACUCAUCCCAAUAAAACCCUAUCAAAUGUCAGUUUUCCAAGAAGAUUCUCCUUUUCGACCAUUCUUUAAACCUGUGGAAAAAAAGCGCCAAAUAAACGAAAGCACCGAGUGCUUGGAGUUGCUUUUUGGAAAUGGA